AUGUCGCAGUCUAGACGCGCAGGACGACCAACCAAGCGGCCCAGACUGGUCAAGCACACACAAACUGUACCCAACGCACCAGAUCAAGUUCAGAGGCACCGCAUAUUCAGCCUACAGCCCACUGGACAAAUUUCACUUCGAACAUCGUACAUCCCUGCCAACAUCACAGAUGAUCUGGGAGAAAGUGCGUCUGACCCAGAUCCUUGGAACGAAGUCGAGCACUCUGCUCCUGUAAUUUGCGAGGAUACCGACCUUCCAUUUGCUGAGUCUGAGGUCCUGAGAGAGAGACAUCAAAAAAACAGUGGAGAACGGCAGACCUACAUCGAUGAAUUCAUCAGAUUGGAAGGAAGGGGCAAAAACUCAGGCAGCCCAUGUCAGUGCGGUGACCUACAUGCGGCUUUCAGGUGUCAGGAUUGUUUUUCAGUCGAACUUGCUUGUUGCUCGUGUACCAUCCAGUUACAUGUGAAUGCACCCCUCCACAGAAUCAAGCAGUGGAAGGAUGGGUUUUUUCAUCCCGUGUCCCUCAAGUCUAUGGGCCUGCGCGUGCAACUCGGUCACUACCCGCUUACCACCUGUCACAAGCCAAAACCUGCUUAUAACGAUGACUUUGUUGUUGUCGAUGUCCAUGGGAUACACGAGAUUGGUCUCGACUUUUGCGGAUGUGAGCACGAGGUGUCGCAUUUCAAGCAGUUACUUCGCGCACGUUGGUUCCCUGCCACAGUGACCAACCCAAGAACAGCAGCAACGUUUGCAGUCUUGGAAUUCUUCCACUUGCUUUCUUUCGAGUCAAAAGUUUCCGCAUAUGAAUUUUAUCAUUGUUUAGCUCGACGGACUGACAAUACUGGUAUCACACCAAUCCGCGAUCGUUAUUCCGAGUUCCUCCGAAUGGUUAUUGAGUGGAGAAACUGCAAGACCUUGAAACGUUCAGGGCGUGGACACGAUCCCGCAGGUGUUCACUCCACGCGCAAUGGCAACUUAGCAGUGCUGUGUCCAGCCUGUCCUCACCCAGGUAAAAACCUGCCAGAUGGCUGGGAAAUGGAGCCUAACCAAUGGAAAUAUGGGCUGUUCAUCGCGGUUGAUGCCAAUUUUCGCCUAAAACGUCGGAUGGUGUCCAGCGAUGAAAAAGAUCCAGGUCUUAGCCAAGGGUGGAGUUUUUUCGUUGACGAGAGAGACUAUAAAUAUCAUUUGAACACGCACACUGGGAUCGCACAAGAGAAAAGCACCUGCGUCAGCCACAACGCCGUAAAUCAUGCCGACACCAAGUCUUCGAAGGGUCUUGCUGCCACUGGAGUAGGCACUGUGGAUUGCACGCGACAUGACAUGAAGCUUCCAAACGGUGUUGGCGACUUGCAACGAGGUGAAAGAUACGUCAAUAUGGACUACUUGGUCUUCUCAGCCCUUUCCAAUUUCUCCGCACUUCGAAGGAUCAAUAUCUCAUACAACGUGGCUUGUCAGUGGCACAAGAAAGUGUGGUCUCGUGUGCCUACACUGCCCUCACACCUUCACUUCAACCGAGAAGACAAGGACAUCAAGUUUUUCGUGCCGAAGUUCCACCUCGCUGCACACAUUGAACUUUGCCAGACUGAGUUCUCGUUCAACUGGACUCCUGGUGUAGGAAGGACUGACGGUGAGGCCCCCGAGCGGGGCUGGGCCAAUAUAAAUCGCGUGGCCACCAGCACGAAGGAGAUGGGUCCGGGGGCACGGCGAGACACGCUCAACGAUCACUUUGGUGAUUCGAAUUGGAAGAAGGUCACGGCACUGGGUAAAGUGUUACUGAGGAAGAUCAGCAAUGCUGUUGUGAGCGAGAAAGAACACCGCCUUGCCCUCCACGACUUCCAGAGCUCUAUCACCGAGUCGGAAUUAGGAGCUGCUUCGCUUUCUGUAUGGCGGACAGAGAUCGAGGCAUGGGAGAUGGACCAUUCACAGCCCAACCCCUUCCAGAGCAGAGUCGCCACAAUGACACAGGCAGCCGUGCGACUUGAAUUGGCCAAGCAAGAUGCAAAGGAAUUGGAAGAUGGAUUAGCGAUCCCACUCCACGCUGAGGUGACUUGCAGUGUGCUCCUCAGCACUGGAAUUGACCUUGAACAUACUCAGACUGCACUACAACGGCGCCUAGAUGCAUGGACUGCAAUCCAAACGGUCUAUAUGCCAAUGGUCCCAAAUCUUCGCGCUUCUGCAACCCUCCUACCUCAUAACGACGUCACUGAUGAUAGUGGCUGUCCAACAUCAAACCCCAACUCCAGUAACGCAGAAGAUCUCCCAUUGCUUCUUCCUUCAGAAGUCUGUGGCGUCGUGCCAUGCGAUCGAAAAAUGCUGGAGAUGGAAUGGUCCCUUCGAUAUGCACAAGCCAAUGAUGCUCUUAAUGAGUGCCGAACCCACAUUCGAGUCCGCCGCCAGCUAUAUCAGUAUAAGACCCAGCAUGUGCGCGGACAAGGAGCAAGCACACGUUCUCGGAAAACGCUAGAUGCCGUUGAAGAACGCCUGAUGCUGAGUCACGCCAAGUACGUGAGCGCCCACAAGGCGCUGGUGUCCCUUGCUCGUCAUCUUAAUCGGGUAGGCUGGGAGCAGAAACUGCAGCCCUUGAAAAAGGCUCACCUUAGACCCAUGGGAGACUUUGGAGCGCUGACUCAAGGGACAGACAUUAUGUCUUGGAUUUGGUUGACGCACGGGAUAUCCGCUGACAACAACGAGGGGCUGCAAGACUCGCUUCGGAUGGAAUGGUGUAAGGCCCGUGCGCGCCACAACAGGUGGUCGGAAGAAAUCUUACUAUUGUUAGAAGAGAUGGAACGUGUCUUGAGAUUCCUGGACUGGCAAGCAGCGCAGUGGGAUUCGCUGGCGUCAAGGCCAUUUUUUGAGCCGCUGAAGGAGGAGGUGGAGGAGGGUUUUGUGGCUUAUGCUUUCCGGCAAGCUCACAUCCGCCGCAGGCUGGCAGCCGUCUUCAAAGAGAGCUGGAGGACAGUCCCUGAUCUCGUUGCCUCAGGUUUGGAUGCUGAUUUACUUGUCAAAGAGGAUGAUGGACCAUCUCUUGAUGAGCCGCCUUGCGAAGACGUCGAGAACACGCUGUAG